GAUACAUAGAUGAUAGAUGAGAAGACAAAAAAACAAAAGUAUAAAUCAGUGGUAAUGGUGUAUUGAGUUAGUGCGUCCCCUCACAGUCUCAAUCUUCAUCCCAAACACGCAUUUUUAGACUUUUCAAUUCCAAUAUGGCAAGAAUGAUUAAACCUUCAGAAGGAACGCGAGAUGUCUCUAGUGGUGGAUGUAAUUCACUUAAUCUCAACCAUCUCCUUCUUGCUUCUCUUGGUGGUCUUGCCGCCGGUGCUGCUGCUUUUGCCGGAGAAUCGUUCCUUCGCCGCAGGAGAACUCAUCAAGGUGCUUGUAUGGGGAAUAAAGACCAGAAAAUAGCCCCUUUGAUCGGGAGGAAAGAUUCAAGUCGACGAUCAAACCUCGAGAGAUUCUCUUACUAUGUUGCAAGGCAGCUAGGAUUUGAGGAUCCAAAUGAAUGCCCACAACUAUGCAAACUGGCAAAUGCAUAUUUAAUGAAAACAAAAGGAUACAAUGAGAAUGUGUAUGAGUAUCUGGUCAAUGAAGCUGAGGCUGAUUCUCUAUAUAUCCAUCUCCUUGAAGAAUUCGAAAGAUGCAUUCUCACGUAUUUUGCUUUCAACUGGACUCAAUCUUCCAACCUCAUCUCUCAGAUUUUAAGCGACGAGUCGGAUCAGAAAGUACCAAAACUCAAGGAUUUCGUGAUGGCAGCAACAAGAAAACAGAGGUUCGAGAGAGUAACAAAAGACCUAAAGGUGAAAAGGGUAUUUUCAACAUUAGUAGAAGAGAUGAAAGCUAUCAACAUCAGCAGUAGCGGUGGAAGCGGUGAGCCACACUGUACGGAAGUAAUGUCUCCGGUGGCUCACAACAAACGUAGCCCCGUUCUACUCCUCAUGGGUGGCGGAAUGGGCGCCGGAAAGAGCACCGUCCUCAAAGAUAUCCUCCAAGAGCCGUUUUGGUCGGAGGCAGGGGGCGACGCAGUGGUGAUAGAAGCGGAUGCGUUCAAGGAGACGGAUGUUAUUUAUAGAGCUCUUAGCUCUAGAGGUCACCAUGACGACAUGCUUCAAACUGCUGAAUUAGUUCACCAAUCAUCUACAGAUGCUGCGUCGUCCUUACUAGUAACAGCAUUAAACGAAGGACGUGAUGUGAUAAUGGAUGGAACCUUAGCAUGGGUGCCAUUCCUGGAACAAACGAUCACAAUGGCUAGGAACGUCCACAAACAUAGAUAUCGAAUGGGCGUAGGCUACAAGGUAUCUGAAGACGGUACAACAACCGAAGAAUAUUGGAGACAAGAAACAGAACAAAAUGGGAAACAACAAAACUUGAAACCUUAUAGAAUCGAGCUGGUCGGUGUGGUUUGUGAUGCUUAUCUCGCCGUAGUAAGAGGCAUACGGAGAGCUCUAAUGGUGAAGAGAGCAGUGAGAGUGAGAUCUCAGCUGCAAUCACACAAGAGUUUUGCUAAUGCAUUUCCAAAGUAUUGUAAGCUUGUUGAUAACGCUAGGCUUUACUGCACAAAUGCUGUUGCUGGUCCUCCACAGCUUAUAGCAUGGAAAUCUGGAAAUAGUAACCUUCUGGUGGAUCCAGAGGAGAUUGAAUGUCUGAGACGGGUCAGCAAUCUUAACCCGGAUGCAGAGUCCAUUAACGAGCUUUACACGGAUCCGAACGUAUUAAGCAAGCCCGGUUCAGUUUGGAAUGAUAUCGUAUUAGCCCCAUCUAGGCCCAAGCUUCAGAAGCAACUUACCGAUGCCAUCAGGAAAAUUGAAAAGGCCCAAGCGACUAAGUGAUGAUAUUGUUAGCUAGCCUUAAAAAUGGUGCUCUUGCUAAUCUCGAGCUAUUUUCGUUGGUACUUUUGUCUUAUUUUGUUUUUCUAGUCCAAAUACCAAUAAAAUUAAUAAAAGGAUUUUGCAAAAUUUCUACUA